AAAUUUCUUUUUCCUACCUGAGUUGACUUGAACUCGAGAGACGAAGAGAGGAAGUCGUCCCUCACGAGAAAAGUGCUGUUUGUUAAAAAUAAUCAUGUUAAGAGUACUCAUUGCCUUGGCGUGUGCUUCAUUGGUUUUGGCCCAGGAGAUUGAAAAAGAUGAAGGCAUCUUGGUUCUGACUGCCAAGAACUACGAUAAAGCUGUCAAGGAUUACCAAUACCUUUUGGUGGAAUUUCACGCCCCUUGGUGUGGCCAUUGCAAGGCCUUGGGUCCAGAGUACGUGAAGGCCGCUCAAGAGCUCAAGGAAAAGGACUCGGAGAUCAAAUUAGCCAAAGUGGAUGGAACCGAGGAGGAAGAACUGGUCAAGAAACUGAAGGUCAAAGGAUAUCCGACCCUCUUCUUCUAUCGAGAUGGAGAACCUAUUGACUAUACCGGUGGCAGAAUGGCGAACGAGAUCGUGGGAUGGGUGGAGAAGAAAACUGGACCUCCUGCCCAAACCCUCGAAACCGCCGAAAAGGUCAAGGACUUCAUCGAUGAGCACGAAGUGGUUGUAAUUGGAUUUUUCAAAGAUCUGGAAUCCGAACAAUGCAAAAAAUUCCAAGAAGCCGUUCAAGAUUACGAAACAUAUCCAUGUGCCGUCUGUUCCGACGAAGAAGCUAUCAAAGAAAAUAAGGUGGAAGAGGGCCAAGUGGUCUUGUUCAAGAAGUUCGAUGAAGGUCGCGCCGUAUAUGAAGGUGCCAUCGGAAAGGACGCCCUUCGAGGUUUCAUCGAGAAAUACGCCUUGCAAUUGGUGACCGAGUUCAACCAUGACUCGGCCCAGAAGAUCUUCGCCGACCUGAACAAAUCCCACAUGUUGCUAUUCAUCAGCAAGACCGCUGAAGAUUACGAGGAGAAGUACGCACUUUACAAGAAGGUGGCCGAGGAUUUCCGCUUCAAGAUCAUGUUUGUCGUGGUGGAUUUGGACGAGGAUGACCACAGGCGAGUAAUUGAAUUCUUGGGCUUGAAGAGCGAAACCAUGCCGACUUCUCGGAUCAUCCGAAUGACGGAGAUGGAUUUGAUCAAGUACAAACCGGAUACCAACGAGAUCUCCGAGGAGGCCUUGAGAAAAUUUGCUCAGGAUUAUUUGGACAAGAAAGUACCUGUCCAUUAUUUGAGCGAGGAUAUUCCCGAGGAUUGGGACAAGAAACCCGUGAAGACUCUUGUGGGCAAGAAUUUUGAUGAGGUGGCUUUCAGCAAGGAUAAGAACGUUUUGGUGCAAUUUUAUGCUCCAUGGUGCGGCCAUUGCAAGCAAUUAGCUCCGGUUUGGGAUGAGGUGGCAGAGUUCUUGUCCACGAAGGAAGAUGUCCUCGUGGCUAAAAUGGAUUCCACCGUCAAUGAACUGGCUCAUACCAAAGUUAGAAGCUUUCCAACGAUCAAAUUGUAUAAGAAGAACGACAACGAGGAAGUCGAAUAUAAUGGAGAACGCACGUUGGAGGGCAUCACCAAGUUCUUGGCUUCCGGGGGAGAAUAUGGCAAAGCCGCGCCUGACCAUGACGAGUUGUAAUAAACCAUCAAAACAUCAUUUACAAAAGAUAUUGUGUUCUAAAUGUUACAUCGAUUGGAAAAUAAACACUGCUCCGUUUGGGGUAGAGAUUCUUUCUUA